UAAACCAGAUUCAAAAGUCAAUUUUUCCAAUCGUGUCACUUUGAUACCUUCCUUUAAAUUAAAUUGCUUAAAAUUCACCUCUUCUUCUUCUUCAGCGGCAAGCUAAACAGAGAAUCAACUCGAUAUAAGACCAAGAUGAAGAUGACAUGGAGCAAAAAGAAACCUAAUAAUAAGAGACCCAUUACUCCUCUUUCCCAAAACCUCCCUUUCGAAGUUGAAAUUCCUACUCACGAUUUCACUGUUCCUAAAAACGAAGAGAGUGACUUAAUUUCUCAUUCUAAUGGAGAUGACGAUGAUACAAUAAAGCUUGUCGAAUCCUUUCAAGAACUAGGAAAUAAGCUUGCUGAGGAUGGGAAAUAUCGUGAAGCACUUGGGAAGUGGGAAGCUGCUAUACUUUUGAUGCCAGAUCGUGCAAUUCUGCAUGAACAGAAGGCUCAAAUUUUGCUUGAACUCGGAGAAACAUGGAAUGCACUAAAAGCUGCUACUCGUGCAACUGAGUUGGAACCAAGCUGGGCUGAGGCGUGGAUCACCCUUGGUAGAGCACAGCUGAAUUAUGGCGAGCCUGACAGUGCUAUCGAAAGCUUAGACAGAGCACUAGCCAUCAAGCCGGAUUCUGCUGAGGUGCGUACUGACCGACAAGCGGCCUUGCAUCAUAUUCAGAGGAGAAAACAGUUACAGACAUCAGGUUUGAGCAUGAACCAAAACCGUUUUGCUGUAGUAGACAAAUCUGAGAGCGGUUGAAGGUUUGAAAAAGUAGAGGUAAAACACUGGAGGCUAGGGAAUAUGUACUGCCUCCAUAAUGAUGGGCACUUGACCCCCACAUCUGACUUCAAGUUAUUGUUGCUUAAAAUACUGGUACAGCAACAGAAAGAGUUGUCUAUAUGUGUGCUUGUCAGCAAGGAGAGAAUUCAGAAGGUUGUUUACAAAGAUAAAACUUGAUGCCCCACAGUGAAAUGUCUGCCCAUAAUACUGAUGUAGAGUUACUAUGUAGUCUUUUGACCUCUAAUCUAGAGUUACUUCAUGGUUCUGUUUUUAGUAAGAGAAUUCAGAUUAGUAAAUCAAUACUUUCUGUUGAGUAAAUCAAACGACUGACAUUAUUACGUUUACAAUAGCAUUUCAAAGUUCCUUGCCA